AUAAUACGCGUCGUAGCGGGUAGAUUGUAUCGGCUUUUUGUGCAGAAUGUACUCAAUAGUAACAAGAUGUAGUGCAUUAUUGACUCUCACUCUCACCGCAUAUACUGCGUUAAUGCUGUUUUGUUUCCUGUCUACUGUAAGCAUCAGACCAUCAGCUUCUGUCGAUAUCAACGUUGGUCGUGCAAUAGUCGAUCGAGCUGACGAUUACACUCUUCACAGCGGUCAUCACAAUGAUUUGGGUUUAAUAACUAUUGAUUUAUCAUCUUCCUUAGAUCAUCUGUUCAACUGGAAUGUAAAACAACUCUUUUUAUAUCUUUCUGCAGAAUACAAGUCCGCAGAUAACAAACUAAAUCAAGUUGUUUUGUGGGACAAAAUCAUCAAACGUGGAUCUAAAGCUGAACUGGUUUACAAAAAAAUGACCUCAAAGUAUUAUUUUUGGGAUGAUGGCUACGGAUUAAUUGGCAAUGAUAAUGUCACUUUGACUUUGUCUUGGAAUACUAUUCCUAACAUUGGUUUUCUCACUUUCGAUACUGGUAAUGGUUACCACUCGUUUUCAUUUCCCAGCCAAUAUGUCAAUAUUAAGUAG